UGCAUCUACGAUCGGACACAGUUUUUGUUAGUUUCGGUUGAGCAUCGACCAAGAGCAGGUCACGUUCGCACUGUCUCCACCGCGCGAACAAUCAAUCAAACAAUUAUGGCCAUCACACGGUCGCUGUUGCAGAUGUUUCUGCUGUUUGGAGCUUUGGUGUUGUCCGUUUCCGGAUCAGCUAUUCCGUGUGAUGACGCGGGCACUGAUCCAGCGCCAAACGUGUGGCAACCGCGAACACCGGAGCAGACGCUGUACGCAUACGUGCGAUGUCUUAACGACUCGUCUGCCAGCAUCGAGCAGAAAAUUAAUUGGGUUAAAUGGCAUCCGGAUACAACCUAUGAAAGUCAGUGCUACGUGAAGUGCGUUAGUGAAGAGCUGCGGUUGUACGAUUCAACGGAGAAGCGAUUCCGACCCGAAAGGUUUGUUCUUCAGGCGGAAUCAUUCUUCAAUGCGGAUCCCGAGCAAUUACAGGCCCUUAGGACCGAUGCCGAACCGUUACUAGCCGGCGUUCUGAAGGACAGUUCAUGUGAGUCCGUGUUCAACAAGUAUGCAGCCUUUUACGCCGCUCAUCACAGCACAAUUCUGCGAAUGUUUCACGGCGACUAUCGAGAUAUCGGGCAGACCUACGCAAAACUUGGCGAUCAAGUCAAACAAAUUGGUCAAACUUUUGUGGACUUUUGCGAGAAGUUAACAAAAACCGCAUGGAAUGUCGAGCAAAGCUGUCCACCGGAAAGGUUUCUUGAUUGCGUUUUCAAAGGCUUCCGCUGGAUCACCGAGGAAGGCAAAGUGAACGUGAGUUCUGUAAUCUAACAACUACUAGAUUUU